AUGAGUAGCCCCAAACGAAGAAUCGAGACCGAUGAUGAAUUCUAUGUCCGAUUCAAGGGCCCAGAAGAGACACCGUUUACUGGCGGACACUGGAAAAUCCAUGUGGAACUGCCUGAUCAAUACCCUUACAAGAGUCCAAGUAUUGGAUUCGUUAACCGGAUUUUCCAUCCCAAUAUCGAUGAGCUAUCUGGCUCUGUCUGCCUCGACGUCAUCAACCAGACAUGGUCACCCAUGUACGACAUGAUCAACAUUUUCGAAGUUUUCCUACCCCAGUUACUCCGCUACCCCAAUCCGUCGGACCCCCUUAAUGGAGAGGCUGCUGCAUUAAUGAUGCGGGAGCCUAAGGCAUAUGAAGCCAAAGUGAAAGAAUACGUCGCCAAGUAUGCCAGCAAAGAAGCUGUGGACGAAGCGGGCGAAGACACCGAGUCAGAAGACGAACUCAGUUCAGCGGGUAGUUACGAUUCUGGUGGUGAAGAGCCCGCCGGCACAAUGGACGACGUCUGA